CAAGCGCGACGCCGCAGCGACAGGAGUCUGGCUACAGGCUGCAGAGUGUGUGUGAGUGAGAGCAUCUAUAGAUCUGACCUGGAGGAGAGUGUGUGUGUAGCUUGUGUGGGAGACAGAAGGGAAGAGCGGAACGCACGGGCACAACUUUGGAAAACUCACCCGGCAGGAUAGAAACACCUCUCUCGCUCCAUCUCUUCUAUCAUCUAUCUCUCUCCUUGCUAACGGAUUCAAGCGGCGUGAUAUACUGCUCUGGCUGCGGGGAAGGUGUUAAUGUGUGCUUAUAGGAUGUGCACGUUCGGUGGGAUGUUGUGUCGCGUGGUGCCGGUGCUGUGGCUGGUCCUUUCGGUGGUCUCGGGGUUCAACCUGCAUGCGGAGCGCCCGGCAGUGUACGGAGGACCAGAGGGGAGCUACUUUGGUUACUCCGUGGACUUCUACCGACCGACCCCCGAAAGCAGCACGUUGAGUGUGUUGGUGGGAGCGCCCAAGGCCAACACAUCCCAGCCAGGCAUCAUAGAGGGAGGAGCUGUCUACUACUGUCCCUAUCCCCCAAACCCCGACUCCACCAAGCAACCCUACAGCUGCACACAGAUACCCUUCGACAACACCAAUAACAGGAUGAUUAAGGUUAAUGGCACCAGGGAGCCUCUGGAGUUCAAGUCUCACCAGUGGUUUGGAGCCUCAGUUAGAACUCACAAAGGCAAAGUGGUGGCCUGUGCUCCUCUCUACCACUGGCGUGCUGUGAAAGUGAACGGUGAGAAGGACCCGGUAGGAACCUGCUAUGUUGCCGUGCAGAACUUCAGCGCCUAUGCAGAAUACUCACCCUGUCGGACCAAUGAUCCAGACCCGGAGGGACAGGGUUUCUGCCAGGCCGGGUUCAGUGUGGACUUCACCAAGGAGGGGACACUGGUGGUGGGCGGACCUGGAAGCUUCUACUGGCAAGGUCAGGUGAUGACUGCAGGCGUAGCAGAGAUAUUGAAUGGUUACUCUCUGAAAGCCGUGCUCAGGAGAGUCCAAGGAGAGAAACAGACACACGCUGCAGCUGAUACCCAUGACGACAGCUACCUAGGUUACUCUGUGGCAGUGGGUGAAUUCACAGGAGACUCAGAGCAAGAGCUGAUAGCUGGGGUUCCGAGAGGGGCACAGAACUUUGGAUAUGUAGCUGUGAUUAACUCCACUAAUCUGACAUUCAUCAUGAACUUCACAGGAGAGCAGAUGGCUUCCUACUUUGGCUAUUCUGUGGCUGUUACUGACCUCAAUGGAGACGGGUAUGAUGAUGUACUGGUAGGAGCCCCUCUCUACAUGGAGAGAGAGAGGGAGAGUAAGCCCAAGGAGGUGGGCCGUGUCUACCUGUACCUCCAGCACUCUCCGCUCACCUUCUCCGAGCCCCUUCUCCUGACGGGAACACACACCUUUGGACGCUUUGGCACUGCCAUCGCCCCGCUAGGAGACCUCAACCAGGACGGAUACAAUGACGUGGCAGUGGGUUGUCCGUUUGGUGGGGAGGACCGGAGUGGCCUGGUGUUGAUCUACAAUGGCCAGAGAGACCUGACGGCCCGCGGCCUAACCCUCAGCCAGGAGCUCUAUGGAGCCUGGGCCUCCAGUAGUGGCCUCUCCGGCUACGGCUUCACCCUGAGGGGGGACAGAGACCUGGACAACAACCAUUACCCUGAUCUGAUAGUGGGAGCAUUUGGUAAAGGGGAGGUGUCAGUGUACAGGGCUCGUCCUGUAGUGUCAGUGGAGGCUGAGAUGAUCCUGACUCCUAGAAUCCUGAACCCUGAUGACCGAUCCUGCCUCCUGACAGAAUCUGAUACCAUGGUAACCUGUCUCAGGGUAGAUAUUUGUGCGAAGGUGAGUGGUGUGGGGAUCCCAGACUCUGUAGUCUUGAAUGCAGAGCUGCAACUGGAUUGGCUGAAAGGUGUGAGGGGCGGAGUAAAAAGAGUUCAUUUCCGGGAUUCCCAUCUGCCCCAGCACACAGGGGUCCUAACUCUUGGCCACAGCCGUCCACACUCCUGCCUGAACUACACGGUCUACCUACGAGAGGAGGAUGAAUUUAGGGAUAAAUUGACUCCCAUCUCAUUGGCUCUGAACUACAGUUUAGCCCCUCCUUCCAACCUGGACCUCCCCCCUAUCCUCAACCGCUACAGCAGUACCUUCCUGCAGGAACAGGCAUAUAUUCUGCUAGACUGUGGGGAAGACAACGAGUGUAUUCCAGACCUCCAGCUGUCUGCUAGCAUGGACCGUACAGAGCUGGUGGUCGGGGAUGACAACCUGGUCAUGUUGACCAUAAAUGUGGUUAACAAAGGAGAGGGGGCAUAUGAGACAGAGCUACACACACUCCUACCCCCUGAGGCUGAUUACAUAGGAGUGGAACGCAGGAUAGAGUCUCUAUCCAGGUUGAACUGUGAGUACAGGAUGGUGAAUGACUCCAGACUAGUGGUGUGUGACCUGGGGAACCCUAUGGUUGCUGGAACAGAAGUAUCUGUAGGUUUAAGGUUUGCUGUCCAAAGGCUGGAUGAUGCCGGUCCUCACAUUGACUUUGACCUACAGAUCCACAGUUCAAACAAAGACAACUCCAAGAGCAACCCAGUCAGUCUGUCUCUCUCCAUCUCUGCCAGAGCUCAGCUAGACCUGAGGGGGGUGUGUCAUCCCUCUCAGGUGGUUCUUCCGUUUCCUCACUGGGAGCCCAAAGAGAAGCCGGUCAAAGAGGAUGACGUAGGACCCCAGGUCACACACAUCUACGAGCUCCAUAACUCAGGUCCCAGCAGUAUUCGGGAGGCGGAGCUCCAGGUGGGCUGGCCCUCUCGUUUCCGUGACGAACACCUGCUCUACGCUCUGGAGGUUCUAACGGAAGGACCAAUCAGUUGCCGGAGCAACACCAGCCUCAACAUCCUGGGCCUACAGAUGUCCUCUGUCCAGGACACUCCAGAAUUGUUGGGCUUUCUGAGAAACAGUAGCUCUCCUCACCGCUACAGACGAGCCACCAGCGCUGCCCAGCCCUACAGCAGCAAGACCCUGAACUGCAGUAACAUCAUUUGUCUAAGAGUUCUGUGUGUGGUCGGGCGGUUGGACCGUGGUCAGAGCGCUGUAGUCAAGAUCCGUUCCCGACUCUGGGCUCACACCUUCCUCCAGAGACGUAACGACCCAUACCUCCUCAACUCCACCGUGUCCUUCAGAGUGACGGCCCUGCCCUACCGCCUCCAGCCCUCCUCCUUACCCCAACACACCACUUCAAUGGGUACACUGGUGCUGUGGGGGACUCCUGAUGUGGCGUUUGCUGUUCCUCUGUGGGUCAUCAUCCUGGCCAUCCUACUGGGACUGCUGGUCCUGGCCAUGCUAACACUGGCCAUGUGGAAGUGUGGGUUCUUUGACCGGGCACGGCUGCCAGCGGAUGACGUGUCAGACCGUGAGCAGCUGACCUCUGACCAAUUAGCAGACGCCUAAGAACGCCCACUCGCGACAUGGAGACCAGUUCUUGAUUCAAGGAAGCUGUUUGGGAGGAGUUCCGCCUCUUGAGUGAAAUUAAACUGAAAUGAGAUCUGCAGGCAGACUGCACUCACAGAUCAAAGGUUCUUUACCCCUUUUAAAGCUGAUCUGUCAUCAGUGAUUGGACUGCAAGCUCACAGGCCAAAGGCUGAAGUGCCAUUAAGACUUGUAUUCAAACAUCACCAGAGAGACUGGGAACAACCCACACAGAUGGAACUGCACACAUAAACACUAUUUAAGCAAACACAACCACUUGGAUGUAUAUGAGGCCUCAAGACAAUCUUGGACAGUAGAAUGGACUCAGGUCCUAACCCUGCUUGUAGUUGAAUAUGUUUCUAUGCACCGCUUGCCUCUGUGGGUUAGACUACUUGGGGAUCUGUAUGGUUGGAUAAUUCAGUUGGAGUUAACCAGUCUGGCUAACUUCAAAUGGAGUUACCAUCUGAUGUCAGUGACUUUGUGUCUGCCUGCUUUCACUGUUAAAUACAUUCCACCAUUGAUCAAACGCGCACACACACACACACACACACACACACACACACACACACACACACACACACACACACACACACACACACACACACACACACACACACACACACACAGGGGGCUGUAUAUAUCUAUGGAUGGUGUAUGUGCAAUAUUGGGACAUUCUGUGUGAUACUGAAGCUUGUUUACACUGGUAUUAUUUUAUUAGAACUUGGUGUUCAAAUUCUUUGUGUAUAUUGUUUAGUUAGUAUACUAUUGUCUAUGUGAGUGUUUUUGUUGGCAUAUUAGUAUAUACAGUGCCUUCAGGAAGUAUUCAGACCCAUUUACUUAAAAA